AGCGGUCUCACGGCCCCUGUGUCCGCACCGGGCCAGCGGGGAGAGCCGGAACGGAAGCUUCCCGGAACCUGCGUGGCUGGCCCGCGCUUCCUGUAGCGGCUGGUCCUGGCCUGGGUUCCGGUUCCGGGUGGCGGCCGCGUCCUGAGCAGGGUCGCGGAGCGGGCAGGUAUGGGACACGGAAGUGACCACGGCCACGGCCAUGACAAAGUGGAACUCCCUGACUACAGGCAGUGGAAGGUGGAGGGAACUCCCCUCGAGGAGGUGCAGAGAAAGCUGGCUAGGCGGGGUCUGAGGGAUCCGUGGGCUCGUAAUGAAGUUUGGAGGUACCAGGGUGGCUUUGCAAGACCUAUCACCGUAAUAGAAAUCUUUACCAGGGGACUCAAGUGGGGAGCUGCAGCUUUUGUCAUAGCUCUGGGCAUUGAAUAUUCACUGUUUCCUCCAAAGAAGAAUGGAGGCCACCACUGAAGAUCAAAUAUGACAACUUAAUACUUACUAAUCAUAAGCUGAAGCAUAUAUAAGCCUGCUGAUCACUCUGUACUUAUAAUAUGCAUAUUAAAGUCUAUCACAGGCAAACCUGUGUUUCUUUGAUCUUAUUAUACUUCUGUGAAAGGAUCAAAAAACAUGGCCAGAGCAAUUUAACUGCCUUCGAGCUGGGGGGAAAAAACCAACUCAAUGGCUCUUGGGUUUGCUGUACUACCUUUUAAAGAGCAAGAUAAACUAUCAGACCAGUUCUUUCCAAGCCCUGCCAAGAUUCUUUUAAAUGAAACUGAGAAGUUUUUGCUUUUAAGAGAAAAUUUGUACCAUAUUUAUUACAGGUUUAAAAACUAUUAUUUCCCAGUAAGUAGUAAUGAAUGACUUGUCAUUUCUUGAAGUGUUGGUUACUAUUUGCUCUUAUGUCUCUAAAUGAAAAUAAAUAUUAACUUAAAGCUUUAAAAUC